CCAAUGUCGUUUGAAGGUCGCUUGAAUUAAAAUAAAAAAAUGCACUUUUCAACACAUAACUGCAAAAUGGUGGCGCCACCCGGAUGCUGCGAAAUAUGUCAGAUCGCCGAGGUGCUGGCAGACCCACAACUGCAGAACCGCUCGGUGCGGAUCACAGGGAGAUUGGAUACCUACGACGCACAGCGUAAAGUGGCGUGGAUCUCGUUCCAGGACGUCUCAAUGACGGUGGAGACGCAACGACUGGCGCUUGAGAACUUACGCUUGCAAAUCGGCUCCAUGUACCAGUUCCUGGGGGAGACCUACACAAGCAAUCAGGGUGGACAGACGGAGGUUCGACUGGUUGCUCGAGUGGCCCGCAACGUUGAUAGUUUAGAAAUCGACCUGUUUCUCGAGACGCUGGCAUUGCGACGGCAGUUUCUGGCGACUCGCGGAUAACGCAAACUUAGCAAUUGAAUCAUCUUACUAUGAACAGACUGCUUGCACUCGACUUUA